AUGUUGGUCCAUCUGCUCAUCUCCAGUCUGGCAGCGCUUGUCGGCGCCUCGCCUCUCACGGCCAAGAAGCUCAUCGCGUCUCGAAACCUAAAUCAGACCUGGGAGAUCUUGCCCACCGGAAGUGCCCAGCAAUUCAGAGGUCUCUCGCCGGUGUCGGACAAGAUUGCCUGGGUCUCCGGGACAGGAGGCACUGUUCUACGUACCGUUGAUGGCGGCGCUCCUUGGGAAUCAGUCGGCCCUGAGCUCACUGGCGCUGAUAUCGAGUUGCAAUUCCGCGACGUCCAGGCCUUUUCCGCAGAAAAAGCCAUCAUUCUAUCCAUCGGCGAAGGGGCGGAUUCACGCAUAUACAUCACCACCAAUGGCGGCGGAUCAUGGACGCAGACAUUCUCCAACGCCGAGCCCACCGCAUUCUACAACUGUGUCGAUUUCGAGAACGAGGAAAGGGGGAUCGCAGUCAGCGAUCCCGUUGACGGCAAAUUCAGGCUGAUCGAGACUGUUGAUGGGGGUGAUUCGUGGCAUGCCGUGGACCUCAGCGGCAUGGCGCCUGCGUUGCAGGGAGAGUUCGGUUUUGCUGCCAGCGGGACCUGCAUGUCCACGGCGGCGGGACGAUGGUAUGUGGCUUCUGGCGGCGUUGACCCAGGACGAGUCCUCCGGAGUCCGGACGGACACCACUGGGAAGCAUCGGCCAGUGUGAUCGCAGGCGGCGCGUCGGCUGGCGUGUUCUCCGUACGAUUCAGAGAUGCAUAUCAAGGCAUCGCGACUGGCGGUGACUUCAACGUAGCAAAUGGCUCCGCCCACACAUCAGCAUGGCCAGACAACGGCGGAGAGACAUGGACGGCGUCGGAGGUGUUCCCGGGCGGCUACCGGUCAGGAGCGUCAUGGGCUCCGGGGUUGUGCGGAGUAGCCGUCGCCGUCGGUCCCUCCGGCUCCGAUAUCACUUUCGACGGCGGGCGGACAUGGAAAACGUUCGACACGGGCUCGUUUGAUAGCGUCGAGUGUCUCUCAAGUCGGGUUUGCUGGGCCUCCGGGUCCGCCGGAAGAGUCGGAAAGCUUACGCUGAAGUAA